CCUGGAUGCAGCUCUUUCAGAAAUAUCUCAGCUAAUGCAGUGCUGGUUGCUGACUAUGUAAAAGCUCCAGUCCCUGAGAAAAAUGUGCACAUCCCUCUGAGCUCACAGAGAAACCUAAGACUGGAGAGGCUUCUCGCGAUGACAGACCAUUCUUGCACCUGUUGAAUAUGCCAAGAAUCCUCUCAUCAGUGGAACCUAUACGUCACCAUUGCCAUAGAGACUAGGAUGGGGAUACAGUUUCAAAAAGAGGAAGGCCAGGAACUGAGAAGCUGGGCUUCAUGAGGACUGCAAGAACAAAAGGUAGAAGUGUUUUCUUUACCCUGUUAUAUCUCUGAAAAAGAGCAGAUUGACAUGGACAGGGAGAAGUUCCAGCAGAAGGCUCUGAAGCAAACUAAGCAGAAGAAAUCCAAGUCGGCUGAAUUUCUGAUGGUAAAAGAAGAGAGAGCAGCAACAGAAGGCAUUGAAAAUCCAGCUUUUAACAUCAGCAGCACAGAUCUUUCAGCAUAUCAGCCUUCAGAAGAGAAGGUUAUUAGACAUGACAAGCUAGAUAGCACCCUUGCAGCUCACCAACAAAAAUUCAGGCUGCAUGCCCAUGCUGAACCAAGAGGAAAUGAAUACAGCAGAAAUUACUUUGACCCAUUGAUGGAUGAGGAAAUAAACCCAAGGCAGUGUGGGAUGGAGGUCAGUGGAGAAGAGCCUGUGAAGCUAGAAGAGAAAAUUCUCUAUGGUGAAUUGAUGAAACUUCUAGAUGAAGAAAAUAAAAGACUGGAAGCACCUGCCCAUGUCAUCAGUGAAGAUUUUUCAGACUCCAUAAUGCCUGUCAGCUUCACUAAAACACAUGACUUUCGCAAGGAGGUUGAAGAUGAAGUGAUUCCUUCGUAUAUUGUACAGUUUGAGAAAGAUGUUCAGGAUGACAUAAUUAUGCUUGGCAGCUUUUCACUGGAACAGGAUUUAAAGCACCAAAAGGAAGUUCUUUCUCACAAGAAGAAAAUAUUGCACAACAAGUUCCAUACAGCUUUUCAGAGAGUGGAAAGUCAGCCAUUGAAAACAGCACUGAGUGCCUGCAAAGAGGAAAUUGUAGCCAAGUUUGGUAACCUUGCAGAAGUGAAUAAUGAAUCAAAUGGAACAGCAGGAUUUUGCUGGAAGGCAGUAAGGCUAGAAUCAAGCCAUAGUAACAUUGAUUACAUUGAAGUAGGUGAUUCGUCCAAUGCAAAGAAGGCAAAGGAACCAUUAAAUGAAUCAAAUUGUAUAGUACAGGUUAGAAAGCAGACUUUCCUGUUGGAAAGUCACUGGAAAGUGGGUAAUUUUUUCAAUGUCCACAUCACCAUCAUAUUGUAUCAGAAGUCAACUGACCACUAUAGCUACCUCCCUGCCACCAGCUUUCAUCUCAACUAUACCACUAGAUCUAUCAUCUAA